GACCUCCCGGCACCUUGGGCCGCUGUGGGACACGUCCUCGAUGCCCUGGUUCCCGGUGGUCGCCUGGUGACCUUUUCGCCCUGCGUGGAGCAGGUGGACAAGACGGCCACGGAGCUCCGGCGCAGCUGCCGAUUCUUCGACAUCCGCAUGCUGGAGACGCUGGCCGUGAACUGGGGCGUGCGCGCUGCUGAGGCCAAGUCCAAGAAGCGGCGCCUGCCGAACCAGGACGCAGACGAGUCUUCGAGGCCACAAGAGCCCAGCACAACUGCAAAAAGCGGUCCAGAUCCUGGGAGCCAGUGGCUGAGCUACCAGAUGCCCAUGAGGUCCCACACGGCCUACCUGCUGGUAGCCACGCGGGCACCGGCCGACGAAGCCUAG